GUAGACAAUUCAAAGAUGGCUUUACAACAUUUGUGACGUAAUGUUUUCCUUAGUUCAUUACUGGAUGAGUGUUUUAGGGAAUGUAGUGUCCUCAUUCUUUUCAUAAAGUUUCUCUUAACGAACUCAGGAAACAAAAAUAGAUUCCCCCAUGCUUUUCAUAGUCGUCAGGUGAAUUCUGCAGUAUGUUGCACUGCAGUGAAACUCGAAGUUAAAUUUGACUGGAGUUGAAGGUGAACUAGAAAGUAAAACAAGUGAUGUCCAAAGUGAAAUAGUCGAGUAUUCAGCUUACGUUAUGUGCGAUAAUGACCAUGUCAUUUUGAUCCACUCGGCCAAAAACUUUAUUUCUAAGGCCGCAGUUUGAUAACGACGCCGUUGUCUAACUUGUAACCUGUUUGUACAAUUCACGUACUUGAAUGCAGGUUACAGUUAGUCCGUCCAGCAAUCCGUUCAACAAUGUUAUGACAUAGUGUUUGUUCCACAUUUCCUCAACAGAUUUAUCAUCCAGUUACAGCAUAUAACCUUCAUAAAGCCUGAAGCGUUUGUGUUUGCUGUUUAAAUAGGAUUAAUCGUUUCUUUCGUUAUAAGUAUGAGUUGUGACCCACCUACAACAAAAUGGGUAUGUGAAUAUUGCACAUAUGAAAAUUGGCCGUCUUCUCUCAAAUGCACCAUGUGUAGAGGCGCAAAACCAUUAUUUGGAGAAGACAUUUAUAAAUUACGUGAUGAUUCUCCACCCACAUCACUCAUAGACCCAUCAUGUGGUCCAAAUUUGGCAUCUGGUUCAUCGCACCGUGACACACAUCGGUCUGCAAAUAAUGGUAAAUGGGAAUGUCGUGCUUGCACGUAUUUGAAUUGGCCAAAGGCUCUUCAGUGCACACAGUGCCGUUCUCCAAGACCAGGUGGAACAAAUCUUCAUGAACAUAUUCAACCAUUAAAAAUUGGGCCGAAAAGUGAUACUUCAGCCGUUACUUCUGCAUCAUCCUUGGCAGGUGGUCCAUUACGCAUUCUCUCUCCGUCGUCUGAGUCUAGAGAAGUCAAUGAGUCGGAAAAUGUCAAAGUACGGUCAUCUGAUAAAUCUCAUUCUACUCGACAGCAAAUAAUAAAAUGGACAUGUAGUACUUGUACUUAUGAAAACUGGCCAAAAGCACUUAAUUGUAUUAUGUGUGGUACUCCUCAUGGCGGUAACAAUGCACUGGCCAGUGGAGGUAAAAGCAAUUUGGCACCAACACACAGGCACUCCGGGACAGGAAGUGUUGUGUCAUCACCAGAACGUGAGUUAUCUCUUAUAACUGCUUCUCGCGGUGGUGGGAACCAAGCACAACUGAUUGAAGAAAGUGGCAUCAGUAAAAGUAAAUCAAAUUCUCGCCGCUCAGAUCGUACGCAGACUGCUACAGAAGCUGCUGUUGCUGCUGUGUCACCAAACAAUUGUGAAUAUGAACGAAGAGUUAAGAGAAUAAGACAGAGAAUGCGUGAAGCUGAUUGGUCUUGGCUUGAUGCAUGCAUUGGUGUUGUUGAAGGAGACCCUACUCCUGUUGAAGCAUACUUGUCAUCUGGAGGCAACCCUACAAGACAACUUUCCCCUAGAGAAGUAGCACUACUCAACCGCCCAUCUGCAUUUGAUACUGGUCAUACAUUAGUUCAUUUAGCUAUUCGUUUUCACCGUGAAGACAUGCUUGCCGCUUUACUGUCUCAGAUUGAGGGCUCAGGAUCAGGAGUGAAGCGUGUACCAUCAUAUGUGGCUCCAGACCUUGCUGCUGAUAUACGGAGACACAUGGCCUCCACUCUUAGACAGAGGAAGGGUUCGAUACCCUGUUAUUAUGUGACUGAACUUACAACAUUUGCACUGCCAGCAGAAGUUGAAGAUCUGCCACAGCCUGUGCAAGAACAACUGUUUGAAGAACUUCUUGACAGGGAUGCACAGCAGCAGCUGGAGUCUGAACCUGCAGCAAUCAACUGGUCACUAGAAGUUACAGAUCGCCUAGGCUCCCGCUUGUAUGCUCUUUGGAACCGUUCUGCAGGAGACUGCCUACUUGAUUCAGCAAUGCAAGCCACAUGGGGUGUUUUUGAUCGUGACAACACAUUGCGAAGGGCUUUAGCAGACAGCUUACAUCAGGCUGGUCAUAUCUUCUACCCUCGCUGGAAGGAGUAUGAAGCUAUCCAGGCUCAAAUGCUGGACUUCAGCCUAGAAGAGGGCCAGUGGGAAGAGGACUGGGCUGGCCUGCUGUCUCUGGCAAGUCAGCCGGGAGCGAGUCUGGAGCAACUGCACGUCUUUGCGCUUGCCCACAUCCUGAGAAGGCCAAUAGUUGUUUACGGUGUGAAAUAUGUUAAGAGCUUCCGCGGAGAAACAAUUGGAUUUGCAAGGUUUGAAGGUGUUUACUUGCCACUUCUUUGGGAUCCCAGUUUCUGUAUACGUUCGCCAAUAGCCCUUGGAUACACCAGGGGCCACUUCUCAGCACUUGUACCUGUGGAACAGUACAGUCCUCUGGGAGCUGGUGCCGGAGCCAAUAACCUCAGGGCAGAUGAAGUUACCUUCUUGCCUCUCACAGAUCGUGACCGGAAACUCCUUCCUGUUCAUUUUCUCACACAAACAGAGGUGGGUCAUGAAGAUGCAAUCUUGCGACAGUGGAUGGAUGUCUGCCAUACAGAAGGAGGAAUUAUGGUGGCACAGCAGCAUCUCCAUAAACGGCCACUUUUAGUAGCUCAAAUGUUAGAAGAAUGGCUGAACCAUUAUCGAAGAUUAGUACAGGUAGCAAAUGCACCAUUCGUUCGUCCAACUCCAAUACAGGAUUAUUCAAGUGACGGUGGUGAAACUGAUGAUGAGUAGGUAGAUGUGAAGAUCUGCUUUGUAAAUGAGUACGUAAUGGAUCCAAGUAAGUGCACAGAAGAUAGAACUAGCGGAAAGUGCUAGUGAAUGAAAAUGGGACACUGCAAAAGCCAUUUGAAGAUUUUGUUAACAGUGUGCGAUUAAAUUUUUAAAAUAUUUAUUAGAGGACUUUUAGUGACUGUAUUUGCAGCUGAGUUUGAAGGUGAAGCGUUUUCUCUCUAUCUGUUCAAAACUUAAAUAAAAGAUACAGUGUUGAUCCAAUUCCAGUAAUAAUACUUAUAAACUGUGACUUACUAUGGAACACUUGCUAAUAUAUUUUUCUUCCAAAGAAUUAUUGUGCUGUAGAGUUAUACUUGAAAGUCUAUUAUUUGUUACUUCACAAACAGUAAUUUUUGCCUCCAAAAAUGUUAUGAUGUUGACACAAGAGUCAAUCUUCUGUAAUAAUUGUACACUAAAAACACUCGAUUGUCAUCCAUUUUCACAAGAUAACCUAAUUUUUUUAUCUCCCCUUUUUUAUAUUCUCUGCAGGUCAUCAAGCACAGUUACUUAUAAAUGCGUAGAUUAAUUAACUUUGCAUGUACAAAGCUGUGAGAUAUUUGUUUUGUCAGAGCUGGCAGUAGUCAGACUUAAGAUAUUUUUCUUUGUUUUGUUGUAAUUAAACUGUUGAUUGUUUUUUC